UCCUCUGUCCGGCGGCGCGGCGGCAGCGGCAGCAGCAGCGGCAAGCGGCAGGAGAACGAAGAACACCCCCUCGUAGAUAAAGCGCAACUGGGGUGCAGACGGCACCAGCCUGUGCAUCCUCCCCUCUGCACCACUUAGGAGGGGCUUGGAAGGAAAAAGGAGCGCUACUGCUUCUCCGUCUCGCUCUGGAUCCAGAAGGACCCCUCUUUCUUUUUCUUUCCCCCGCUUCCCUCCAUGCAUCAUUCUUGGGAAGCUUUGAUGAGCGUUGCAGUUACCUUGGCUUGCAUUUAAUCUUCGUGCGCAAGGGGUAAGGUGGGUUGCUGCCUCCGAUUGCGGCCCCCCGUCUCUUAUUUUUCCUGCAUGCAACCUUCCUUUCUUGCUAAGGAGGGCUGAACUCCCUCCUCUCUCCCCUCCCCAGCCUUUGCCGCUGCUGGGUUCUCUCAUCUCCUGGGCUGGGAGGGAGAGAGGAGGAGGAGGGAGACGGGCUUUUCCUUGAUUCUCUCGCCCCCCACUUCAGUGGAUGGUGGAAGAUCUGAAGACCCUUGGAAGGAGAGAGUGAAGAAGGAGAAGAGGUGAAGGAGGAGACUUUAAAAGAAAAAGCAGCGGUAGCUGCUGUGUGGACUGUCUUGAUACCUGAAUUUUAUUUUUGCACAAGCAUGCUGGCCCACAGGAUAAAAGUGAUGGGGCCCUUGCUGCUCUUAUUAGGAUUUUUGCACACACUAGUAGGGAUCGCUCCUGUUUUUGCCCUUGAAGUAGAAGACACCAUCAAAGUCAAACCUCCCAAUUCCCCGCGUGCGGAGUGGGUGCUGCAGCCUAGACCUACACCGCCCAAAGGGAGAGACCCGAACGCUUGGAACCGGCUCAAGGACCAGUCUUUUGCAUUAUCUGAGGAGGUUGAUGUCUAUGUUGCACCACUUCCAAAGAUUGGGGAACAAGCCCUGGAGAGCUCUACCUCACAAAUAUUGUCACCGAAGACAUGUAGCCCCAAACAGUUUGCAUGUAAAGAUCAGAUGACAUGCAUAUCCAAGGGCUGGAGAUGCGACGGUGAGAAGGAUUGCCCAGAUGGCUCCGAUGAAUCGCCAGAUAUAUGUCCACAGAGCAAGGUGUCAAGAUGUCAGCCUAAUGAACACAACUGCCUGGGCACUGAACUUUGCAUCCCCAUGACCAAGCUGUGCAAUGGUGAACGUGACUGCGUGGAUGGUUCAGAUGAAGGGCCUCACUGUCGAGAGCUACUUGCAAACUGCUCAGCUCUGGGCUGCCAGCAUCAUUGUGUCCCGACUCUAAAUGGUCCAAUGUGCUAUUGCAACAAUUCUUUCCAGCUGGCUGAAGAUGGGAAAAGCUGCAAAGAUUUUGAUGAAUGUACCAUUUAUGGCACCUGUAGCCAAACCUGCACUAACCAUGAUGGUUCCUAUACAUGCAGCUGUGUGGAGGGGUACCUGCUCCAGCCUGAUCACAAAUCCUGCAAAGCCAAAAAUGAACCAGUAGACCGACCUCCUGUCCUACUGAUUGCCAACUCUCAGAACAUCAUGGCUACUUACCUGAAUGGUGGAUCUGUUCCUAACAUCAUUCCCACUAGCACCAAGCAGACCACUGCAAUGGACUUCAACUACGUGACGGACACAGUUUGCUGGGUCCAUGUUGGUGACAGUUCUUUCCAAACUAUCUUGAAAUGUGCCAAGAUUCCCAACCUGAAGGGCUUUGUGGAGGAACGGACCAUCAAUAUUUCUCUCAGCUUGCAUCAUGUGGAGCAGAUGGCUAUUGACUGGCUUACUGGCAACUUCUACUUUGUGGAUGACAUUGAUGAUCGGAUAUUUGUCUGCAACAAGGAUGGGGUCACCUGUGUGACGCUGCUUGACCUGGAGCUCUACAACCCCAAAGGCAUUGCACUAGACCCAACCAUGGGGAAGGUUUUCUUUACUGACUAUGGACAGAUACCAAAGGUGGAGCGCUGUGACAUGGAUGGACAGAAUCGCACAAAGUUAGUGGACACCAAGAUUGUCUUCCCCCAUGGUAUCACCUUAGAUUUGGUCAACCGGCUAGUUUAUUGGGCUGAUGCCUACCUUGACUACAUUGAAGUGGUGGAUUAUGAAGGAAAGAACCGGCACACUAUCAUCCAAGGCAUCUUGAUAGAGCAUCUCUAUGGCCUGACUGUCUUCGAGAACUACUUGUAUGCCACCAACUCAGACAAUGCCAACACUCAGCAAAAAACUAGCGUCAUCCGAGUGAAUCGAUUCAACAGCAGUGACUUCCAGGUGGUAACCCGGGUGGACAAGGGUGGUGCUUUACAUGUCUAUCACCAGCGACGGCAGCCCAAAGUGAGGAGCCAUGCUUGUGAACCAGGCAUGUUUGGCAAACCAGGAGGCUGCUCUGACAUCUGUCUCCUUGGAAACAGCCACAAGACCCGAACAUGCCGGUGCCGAUCAGGUUUCAGCCUCGGAAGUGAUGGGAAGUCUUGCAAAAAGCCAGAGCAUGAGUUAUUCCUUGUAUAUGGAAAAGGUCGCCCGGGCAUCAUCCGUGGGAUGGACAUGGGAGCAAAAGUCCCUGAUGAGCACAUGAUCCCCAUUGAAAACCUGAUGAAUCCCAGAGCGCUCGAUUUCCAUGCAGAGACUGGUUUCAUUUACUUUGCUGACACUACCAGCUACUUGAUAGGAAGACAGAAGAUUGAUGGAACGGAAAGGGAAACAAUCUUGAAAGAUGGCAUUCAUAAUGUGGAAGGCAUUGCUGUGGACUGGAUGGGGAACAACCUGUACUGGACCGAUGAUGGGCCCAAGAAGACCAUCAGUGUGGCCCGGCUGGAGAAAGCGGCCCAGACCAGGAAGACACUGAUUGAAGGAAAGAUGACUCACCCUCGAGCCAUUGUGGUCGACCCCUUGAAUGGGUGGAUGUACUGGACUGACUGGGAGGAAGACCCAAAAGACAGCAAGAGGGGGAAGAUAGAAAGGGCUUGGAUGGAUGGCUCCAACCGCAGCAUCUUUAUCACCUCCAAGACUGUCCUUUGGCCCAACGGGCUGAGUUUGGACAUUCCAGGGAAGGUGCUGUACUGGGUGGAUGCCUUUUAUGACCGGAUUGAGAUGGUGAUGCUGGAUGGCUCCGAACGCAAGAUCGUGUAUGAUGGUAGUGAGCUGAAUCAUGCCUUUGGGCUGUGCCACUACGACAACUACCUCUUCUGGACAGAGUACCGGAGUGGCAGCAUCUAUCGCCUUGACCAGAACACCAAGGCUGUCACGCUUUUGCGCAAUGAACGUCCACCAAUUUUUGAGAUCCGCAUGUAUGAUGCCCAGCAGCAGCAAGUUGGCUCCAACAGCUGCCGAGUGAACAAUGGCGGUUGCAGCAGUCUUUGCUUGGCCAUCCCUAAAGGCAGACACUGUGCCUGUGCAGAGGACCAAAUUUUGGGACCAGAUUCUGUCACCUGCCAAGCCAACCCGUCUUAUGUCCCACCACCGCAAUGCCAGACUGGGGAGUUCGCUUGUAAGAACAGCCGGUGUAUACAGGAACGUUGGAAAUGUGAUGGGGACAAUGACUGCCUGGACAACAGCGAUGAGGCACCAGAGCUCUGCCAUCAGCACACAUGCCCCUCAGACCGUUUCAAGUGUGAGAAUAAUCGCUGCAUCCCCAACCGCUGGCUGUGUGAUGGGGACAAUGACUGUGGGAGCAACGAGGAUGAGUCCAACUCCACCUGCUCAGCUCGUACCUGCCCUGCCAACCAGUUCUCCUGUACCAGUGGCCGCUGUAUACCACUCUCCUGGACCUGUGAUUUGGAUGAUGAUUGUGGGGACCGUUCUGAUGAGUCAGCCUCAUGUGCUUACCCAACUUGCUUCCCUCUGACCCAAUUCACUUGCCACAAUGGCCGCUGCAUCAACAUCAACUGGAGAUGUGACAAUGAUAACGACUGUGGAGACAACAGCGAUGAAGCCGGCUGCAGCCACUCCUGCUCCAGCAACCAGUUCAAGUGCAACAGUGGCCGCUGCAUCCCCGUGCAUUGGACCUGCGAUGGAGAUAACGACUGUGGGGACUACAGCGAUGAGACCCAUGCCAACUGCACCAACCAGGCCACACGCCCACCUGGAGGCUGCCACACAGAUGAGUUUCAGUGCCGGCUGGACGCACUCUGCAUUCCUAUGCGCUGGCACUGUGAUGGGGACACCGACUGCAUGGACUCCAGCGAUGAGAAGAACUGUGAGGGUGUCACCCACGUCUGUGACCCAAAUGUCAAGUUUGGCUGCAAAGACUCUGCCCGGUGCAUCAGCAAAGCUUGGGUAUGCGAUGGGGACAACGAUUGUGAGGACAACUCUGACGAGGAGAACUGCGAGUCACUGGUGUGCAAGCCACCUUCACACACUUGUGCCAACACCACAUCAAUCUGUCUUCCUCCUGAAAAGUUGUGCGAUGGCAACGAUGACUGUGGGGAUGGGUCUGAUGAAGGAAAACUCUGUGACCUUUGCUCUCUGAACAACGGGGGCUGCAGCCACAACUGCACCGUGGCCCCAGGUGAGGGCAUUGCAUGCUCGUGCCCGCUGGGCAUGGAGCUGGGUGCUGACAACAAGACCUGCCAGAUCCAGAGCUACUGUGCCAAACACCUCAAGUGCAGCCAGAAGUGCGAGCAGAACAAAUACAGUGUGAAGUGCUCUUGCUACGAGGGGUGGAUGUUGGAGCCUGACGGCGAGAGCUGCCGCAGCCUGGACCCCUUUAAGCCUUUCAUCAUCUUCUCCAAUCGCCAUGAGAUCCGGCGCAUUGAUCUGUACAGGGGUGAUUACAGUGUAUUGGUGCCUGGCUUGCGGAACACCAUUGCUCUUGACUUCCACCUGAAUCAGAGCUCUCUCUACUGGACUGAUGUGGUAGAGGACAAGAUAUACCGGGGGAAGCUACAUGAGAAUGGAGCACUGACCAGCUUUGAAGUGGUGAUCCAAUAUGGACUGGCUACUCCCGAAGGGCUUGCAGUAGACUGGAUUGCUGGCAACAUCUACUGGGUAGAGAGCAACCUGGACCAGAUCGAGGUGGCUAAACUGGACGGGACAAUGAGGAGUACCUUGCUGGCUGGGGACAUUGAGCACCCUCGUGCCAUUGCUCUGGAUCCGCGAUGCGGGAUUCUUUUCUGGACAGAUUGGGAUGCCAGCCUGCCCCGUAUUGAGGCAGCAUCCAUGAGUGGUGAGGGCCGGCGUGUCAUCCAUAAGGAGACCGGCUCAGGAGGCUGGCCUAAUGGGCUCACUGUUGACUACCUGGAGAAGCGUAUUUUAUGGAUUGAUGCUAGGUCUGACGCCAUCUAUUCUGCCCUCUAUGACGGCACAGGCCACAUUGAGGUGCUGCGAGGUCAUGAGUAUCUGUCACACCCCUUUGCUGUCACCCUUUAUGGUGGCGAGGUGUACUGGACGGACUGGCGGACGAACACCCUGGCCAAGGCCAACAAAUGGACUGGCCACAAUGUCACCGUUGUGCAGAGAACCAACACGCAGCCCUUUGACUUGCAGGUCUAUCAUCCCUCUCGACAGCCUCUCGCUCCCAACCCAUGUGAAGCCAAUGGAGGAAAAGGCCUUUGUUCUCACCUCUGCCUCAUCAACUUCAACAGCACCUAUUCUUGUGCCUGUCCCCACCUCAUGAAGCUUGGCAAGGAUAACACAACAUGCUAUGAGUUUAAGAAGUUCUUGCUCUACGCCCGCCAGAUGGAGAUUCGAGGGGUUGACAUUGACAACCCAUACUACAACUAUAUCAACUCUUUCACUGUGCCUGACAUUGACAAUGUCACUGUAGUUGACUAUGAUGCCUUGGAACAGCGAAUCUACUGGUCAGAUGUCCGCACACAAACCAUCAAGCGGGCAUUCAUCAAUGGAACAGGCGUGGAAACGGUUGUGUCUGCAGACCUACCCAAUGCCCAUGGACUUGCUGUGGACUGGAUCUCCAGGAACCUUUUCUGGACUAGCUACGAUGCCAACAAGAAGCAGAUCAAUGUGGCCCGGCUAGAUGGCUCAUUUAAGAAUGCUGUGAUUCAGGGACUGGACAAACCUCACUGCUUGAUUGUACAUCCUCUGAAAGGGAAACUCUACUGGACAGAUGGGGACAACAUCAGCGUUGCCAACAUGGACGGCAGCGGCCGGAGCCUGCUCUUCACAAACCAAAAGGGGCCUGUUGGACUCUCCAUCGACUACCAGGAAAACAAACUGUACUGGAUCAGCUCUGGCAGUGGUACCAUCAAUCGGUGCAAUUUGGAUGGCAGCAGCUUGGAGGUUUUAGAGACCAUGAAGGCCCAUCUGGGCAAGGCCACAGCAUUAGCCAUCAUGGGUGAUAAGCUGUGGUGGGCUGACCAGGCCUCAGAAAAAAUGGGCACCUGUAACAAGAAGGACGGGUCCGGGGCUGUGGUGCUCCGCAACAGCACCACACUAGUCAUGCACAUGAAGAUCUACGAUGAAAACAUCCAGCAGCAGGGUCCCAACCCCUGCAGCGUGAAGAACGGCGACUGCUCCCAGCUCUGCCUUCCAACCUCAGGGUCAACUCGUUCCUGCAUGUGUACAGCUGGCUACAGCCUAAAGAGUGGGCAGCAGUCCUGUGAAGGUGUUGGCUCUUUUCUCCUCUAUUCAGUGCAUGAAGGUAUUCGGGGCAUCCCGCUGGAUCCCAGUGACAAAUCUGAUGCACUUGUACCAGUCUCUGGGACCUCAUUGGCUGUUGGCAUCGACUUCCAUGCUGAGAAUGACACCAUCUAUUGGGUGGAUAUGGGCCUGAGCACCAUCAGUCGAGCCAAGAGGGACCAGACGUGGCGAGAGGAUGUGGUGACCAAUGGCAUUGGCCGUGUGGAAGGCAUUGCUGUGGACUGGAUUGCAGGAAACAUCUAUUGGACAGACCAGGGCUUUGAUGUCAUUGAAGUUGCUCGGCUCAAUGGUUCAUUCCGCUAUGUGGUGAUCUCCCAGGGGUUGGACAAGCCACGGGCCAUCACUGUACACCCAGAGAAAGGGUAUCUUUUUUGGACAGAGUGGGGGCAAUACCCGCGUAUUGAACGUUCCCGGCUGGAUGGGACAGGGCGAGUGGUCCUCAUCAACACCAGCAUCAGCUGGCCCAAUGGCAUCUCCGUCGACUAUGAGGAUGGGAAGCUUUACUGGUGCGAUGCCCGAACAGAUAAGAUCGAACGCAUAGACCUGGAAACUGGUGACAAGAGGGAGGUUGUCUUAGCCAAUAAUAACAUGGACAUGUUCUCAGUAUCGGUCUUUGAGGAUUACGUCUACUGGAGUGACAGGACUCACGCAAAUGGAUCCAUUAAGAGGGGCAACAAGGACAAUGCUUCAGAAAUUGUAUUCCUGCGUACAGGAAUAGGAGUGCAGCUGAAGGACAUCAAGGUGUUCAACAGAGCCAGGCAAAAGGGUACCAACGUGUGUGCUCAGAACAAUGGUGGGUGUCAGCAACUGUGCCUGUACCGAGGAGAAGGCCAGCGGACCUGUGCGUGCGCCCACGGCAUGCUGUCUGAGGAUAGUGUGAGCUGCCGAGACUAUGAUGGGUACCUGCUCUAUUCGGAACGCACCAUUCUCAAAAGCAUCCACUUAUCAGAUGAGAACAACCUUAAUGCACCGAUCAAGCCCUUUGAGGAUGGGGAGCACAUGAAAAACGUCAUUGCCUUGGCUUUUGACUACCGACACGGCAGCAAGGGCAGCAACCGCAUCUUCUACAGUGACAUUCACUUUGGCAACAUCCAGCAGAUCAAUGACGAUGGAAGUGGACGGCGGACCAUAGUUGAGAAUGUUGGCUCAGUUGAGGGGCUGGCCUACCACCGCGGCUGGGACACCUUGUACUGGACAAGCUACACCACAUCCACCAUUACUCGGCAUACUGUCAAUCAGACCCGUGAGGGAGCUUUUGACAGAGAUACCGUCAUCACCAUGUCUGGGGAUGACCAUCCACGAGCCUUCGUGUUGGAUGAGUGCCAGAACCUGAUGUUUUGGACCAACUGGAAUGAGCAGCACCCCAGCAUCAUGCGGGCUACACUGUCAGGUGUCAACAUGAUCACCAUCAUCGACAAAGACAUCCGCACCCCCAAUGGACUGGCCAUUGAUCACAAAGCAGAGAAGAUCUACUUCUCCGAUGCCACGCUGGAUAAGAUCGAGCGAUGUGAAUAUGAUGGCUCCAAGCGAUAUGUGAUCCUGAAGGCAGAGCCAGUGCACCCGUUUGGCCUGGCUGUUUAUGGUGACUACAUCUUCUGGACAGACUGGGUGCGUCGCGCUGUGCAGCGGGCCAACAAAUAUGUGGGCUCUGGCAUGAAGCAUCUGCGCAUUGACAUCCCCCAGCAACCCAUGGGCAUCAUUGCUGUGGCCAACGACACCAACAGCUGUGAGCUCUCUCUGUGCAGAGUAAACAAUGGAGGAUGCCAGGAUCUGUGCUUCCUCACAGCCAUGGGUGAAGUGAACUGUUCUUGCCGUGGUGAAAGGAUCCUUCAGGAUGACCUUACCUGCAGAGCUCCAAACUCCAGCUGUAACAUGCACAAUGAAUUUGAAUGUGGAAAUGGUGACUGUAUUGACUUCAGCCAAACCUGUGACAGUGUGGCUCACUGCAAGGACAAGUCAGAUGAGAAGUCAUCCUACUGCAACAGCCGCAAGUGUAAGAAAGGAUACCUGCAUUGCACCAACAAGCGCUGUGUGCCAAUUGCGGACUGGUGCAAUGGCAUAGACAACUGUGGGGACAAUUCAGAUGAAGUGCCUUGCAACAAGACGAGCUGUGCUCCCACGGAGUUCCGCUGUCGGGACGGGACGUGCAUCAGCAACUCGAGCCGCUGCAACCAGCAGAUUGACUGCGAGGAUGCCUCUGAUGAGAUGAAUUGCACUGCCACUGACUGCAGCAGCUUUUUCAGACUGGGAAUAAAAAGCACCACCUUUCAGAAGUGUGAGCACACUUCAAUGUGCUACGUUCCAUCCUGGGUGUGUGAUGGCAGCAAUGACUGUGGGGACUAUUCAGAUGAGCAGAACUGUCCAGGUGUGAGAAAAUCCAAGUGCCCGGCCAACUUCUUUGCCUGCUCGAGUGGGAGGUGCAUCCCUAUGACGUGGACUUGCGAUAAAGAGAAUGACUGUGAAAAUGGCGAGGACGAGACGCACUGCAAUAAGUUCUGCUUCCCAGUGAAGUUUGAGUGCAACAAUCACCGUUGCAUCUCCAAGCAGUGGGUGUGUGAUGGCACGGAUGACUGUGGCGAUGGCUCGGAUGAAGAUCACCGUUGCCGUCACACAACUUGUGCUGCAGGCUCUUUCCAGUGCCCGAACACCUACGUGUGCGUUCCACAGCACUGGCUGUGUGAUGGGGACAAAGACUGUGCUGAUGGGGAUGAUGAAAGUCUGGCUGCCGGCUGCUUGUACAACAACACAUGUGAUGAACGGGAUUUCAUGUGCAACAACCGGCAGUGCAUCCCCAAACAUUUUGUAUGUGACCAUGAUGACGACUGUGGUGAUGGUUCAGAUGAGUCUGCGGAUUGUGAGUACCUCACGUGUGGCCCCAAUGAGUUCCGCUGUGCCAACGGCCGCUGCCUGACUCAUAAGCUGUGGGAAUGUGAUGGCGAGUUUGACUGCCACGACCAGUCUGAUGAAGCGCCCAAGAAUCCACGCUGCUCCAGCCCUGAGAGCAAGUGUAAUGACACCUUUUUCCUGUGCCACAAUGAACACUGCAUCUCCAACAACCUGCUCUGUGAUAACAACAAUGACUGUGGCGAUGGCUCUGAUGAGCUGAACUGCUUCAUCAACGAGUGUCUCAACAAGAAGCAAAGUGGCUGCUCCCAGGAAUGCGAGGACCUCAAAAUUGGCUACAAGUGCAGAUGCCGCCCUGGGUUCCGGCUGAAGGAUGACGGGAAGACUUGCAUUGACAUUGAUGAGUGCACGACCACCUACCCCUGCAGCCAGUUAUGCAUCAACACCCACGGUAGCUUCAAGUGCCUCUGCGUGAACGGCUACAUGCCGAAGCCUGAUGACCCAACGAGCUGCAAAGCUGUCACAGAAGAUGAACCCUUCCUGAUUUUUGCUAAUCGAUACUACCUAAGGAAGCUCAGUCUGGAUGGUUCCAACUAUACUUUGCUCAAACAGGGACUGAAUAAUGCUGUGGCUUUGGACUUUGACUAUCGGGCACAAAUGAUCUAUUGGACAGAUGUCACCACACAAGGCAGCAUGAUCCGCCGCAUGCACAUCAAUGGCAGCAAUGUGCAGGUUCUGCACCGCACCGGCCUGAGCAACCCAGAUGGGCUGGCUGUGGACUGGGUUGGUGGGAACCUGUACUGGUGUGACAAGGGAAGGGAUACCAUUGAAGUGUCAAAGCUCAACGGGGCCUAUCGCACUGUGCUGGUGAAUUCAGGGCUACGGGAACCUCGGGCUUUGGUAGUAGAUGUCCGGAAUGGAUACUUGUACUGGACAGACUGGGGUGACCAUUCCCUAAUUGGCAAGAUAGGCAUGGAUGGCACCAACCGGAGUAUCAUUGUGGACACCAAGAUCACUUGGCCCAAUGGCCUCACUUUGGACUAUAUCAAUAGCCGCAUCUACUGGGCUGAUGCUCGUGAGGACUACAUUGAAUUUGCCAGCCUGGAUGGAUCCAAUCGGCACAUCGUCCUGAGCCAGGAUAUUCCCCACAUCUUUGCCCUGACUCUCUUUGAGGAUUACAUCUACUGGACUGACUGGGAGACCAAAUCCAUCAACCGGGCCCACAAGACCACAGGUACCAACAAGUCUGUGCUGAUCAGCACCCUGCAUCGGCCCAUGGACAUCCACAUAUUCCACCCCUACAGGCAGCCGGAUGUUCCCAACCACCCCUGCAAAAUCAACAACGGUGGCUGCAGCAACUUGUGCCUGCUGUCACCCGGAGGAGGCUUCAAGUGUGCCUGCCCCACCAACUUCUAUCUGGGGGCCAAUGGCAAAACCUGCAUCUCCAACUGCACAGCCAGCCAGUUUGUUUGCAAGAAUGACAAGUGCAUCCCUUUUUGGUGGAAAUGCGACACGGAGGACGAUUGCGGGGACCGUUCAGAUGAACCUGAGAACUGCCCUGAAUUCAAAUGCCGUCCAGGACAAUUCCAGUGCUCAACAGGAAUCUGCACCAAUCCAGCCUUCAUCUGUGAUGGAGACAAUGAUUGUCAGGACAACUCAGAUGAGGCCAACUGUGAAGUCCAUGUGUGCCUACCUAGCCAGUUCAAAUGCACCAACACCAACCGCUGCAUCCCAGGCAUCUUCCGUUGUAAUGGGCAGGACAACUGUGGUGAUGGAGAAGAUGAGAAGGACUGCCCGGAAGUGACUUGUGCACCAAACCAAUUUCAGUGUGCCAUCACCAAACGCUGCAUUCCACGGGUCUGGGUGUGCGACCGUGACAACGACUGUGUGGAUGGAUCUGAUGAGCCUGCCAACUGCACACAAAUGAGAUGUGGACUGGACGAGUUCCGGUGCAAGGAUUCUGGUCGAUGCAUCCCGGCACGGUGGAAAUGUGAUGGAGAGGAUGACUGUGGAGAUGGCUCAGAUGAACCCAAGGAAGAGUGUGAUGAGCGAACUUGCGAGCCCUACCAAUUCCGCUGCAGGAACAACCGCUGUGUGCCAGGCCGCUGGCAGUGCGAUUACGACAACGACUGUGGAGACAACUCGGAUGAGGAGAGAUGCAAGCCCAGACCUUGCUCCGAAAGUGAGUUCUCGUGUGCCAACGGACGGUGCAUCGCAGGCCGCUGGAAGUGUGAUGGGGACCAUGACUGUGCCGAUGGCUCUGACGAGAAAGAGUGCAAGCCACGCUGUGAUCAGGAUCAGUUCCAGUGCAAGAGUGGCCACUGCAUCCCCCUGCGAUGGCGCUGUGACGCCGAUGCCGACUGCAUGGAUGGUAGCGACGAAGAGGACUGUGGCACCCGUGUGCGGACCUGCCCCCUGGACGAGUUCCAGUGCAACAACACCCUGUGCAAACCACUGGCCUGGAAGUGCGAUGGUGAGGAUGACUGCGGUGACAACUCGGAUGAGAACCAUGAGGAAUGCCUGAAAUUCCAGUGCCCUCCCAACAGACCUUUCCGUUGCAAGAAUGACCGCGUGUGCUUGUGGAUCGGCCGCCAGUGUGAUGGCAUCGACAACUGCGGGGACGGCACCGAUGAGCAAUUCUGUGAUUCCUCAACUGCCAGGCCCAGGAGCUGCAGCCACGAGAAGAAUGAAUUUCUCUGCAGGAACAGGAAGUGCAUCAGUGCUGAUCUUCGCUGCAACUUAUUUGAUGACUGUGGAGAUGGGUCUGACGAGGAUGAUUGUUCGCAGGAUCCGAAGACAUACGGCUGUCACACCAAUGUGACCAUGUGUGGCAAUGAGGCCAAAUGCAUCCAGACCCCCUCAUCUGUGUACUGCACCUGCCGCAGCGGCUUCCAGAAAGUGGCAGACAAGAAUUCCUGUGAAGACAUCAAUGAAUGCCUAAACUUCGGGGUUUGCAGUCAGCUCUGCAACAACACAAAAGGCUCAUACAUGUGCACAUGUGCCAAGAACUUCAUGAAGACGCAUCAGAUGUGCAAGGCAGAAGGGUCAGAGUACCAGAUACUUUACAUCGCUGAUGACAACAAGAUCCGCAGCAUGUACCUCUUCAACCCCAACUCAGCCUAUGAACCUGCCUUCCAAGGGGACGAGAACGUCCGCAUCGCUGCCAUGGAUGUCUAUGUCAAGGGCAACAAGAUCUACUGGACCAACUGGCACACCGGGCGCAUCUCCUGCCGGGAACUGCCCUCCUCUGCCGGCUCUAGUGCCUCCAAUCGUAAUCGGCGGCAGAUCGACGGUGGCGUCACGCACCUAAAUAUCUCUGGGCUGAAGAUGCCACGGGGCAUUGCCAUAGACUGGGUGGCUGGAAACAUUUACUGGACAGACUCUGGACGGGAUGUCAUUGAAGUGGCACAGAUGAAGGGCGAGAACCGCAAGACGCUGAUCUCAGGCAUGAUCGAUGAGCCACACGCCAUCGUGGUGGACCCGCUUCGAGGCACCAUGUACUGGUCAGACUGGGGGAACCACCCUAAGAUUGAGACAGCAGCGAUGGACGGGACCCAAAGGGAGACGCUUGUGCAGGACAACAUCCAGUGGCCCACAGGUCUGGCUGUCGAUUACCAUAAUGAGCGCCUGUACUGGGCUGAUGCUAAGCUCUCUGUGAUUGGCAGCAUCCGGCUCAAUGGCACUGACCCAGUGGUGGCCAUUGACAGCAAGAAAGGGCUCAGCCACCCCUUCAGCAUUGACAUUUUCGAGGACUACAUUUAUGGCGUCACCUAUAUCAACAACCACAUCUUCAAGAUCCACAAGUUUGGCCACGGCUCUGUCACCAAUCUUACCGCCGGACUCAACCACGCCACCGAUGUGGUACUCUACCACCAGUACAAGCAACCCGAUGUGACCAACCCAUGCGACAGGAAGAAAUGCGAAUGGCUCUGCCUCCUGAGCCCCAGUGGCCCCGUGUGCACCUGCCCCAACGGCAGGAGGCUGGAUAAUGGCAACUGCGUGCUCAUCCCCUCACCGACUGUCUCGCCUGUUGUCCCACCCACUGACACCUGUGACCUGGUCUGCCUCAACGGAGGCAGCUGCUUCCUCAAUGCCCGCAAGCAGCCCAAGUGCCGCUGCCAGCCCCGCUACAGUGGGGACAAGUGCCAGCACGACCAGUGUGCCGACUACUGCCAGAACGGGGGCACCUGUGCCGCUUCCUUAUCUGGGAUGCCGACUUGCCGCUGCCCCAAUGGCUUCACCGGCUCUCAGUGCAACAAGCAGGUGUGCGCAGACUACUGUCUCAACAACGGCAGCUGCACGGUUAACCAGGGUAACCAGGCCAACUGCCGCUGCCCAGCUGCUUACACCGGCGACAAGUGUGAAUUCCGCCUGUGCUCGGACUACUGCGAGAAUAACGGUGUGUGCCAUUUGACCGCCUCUGGGACUCACCAGUGCCGUUGCCCGCCAAAUUUCUACGGCGACCGCUGCCAGCAUAAUAAGUGCGAUCGCUGCCUGAAGGGCAACUGCUCCAUCAACAAGCAGACCGGCAACGUCACCUGCAUCUGCCCUGACGGCCGGAUGGCCCCCAGCUGCCUGACCUGCAACAACUAUUGCCUGAACGGGGGCACGUGCACCAUGAACGCCGAAACAGCGAUGCCAAAAUGCCAGUGCACAUCAGAUAUGACAGGGGAUCAUUGCGAGAAGUCAGUGUUCAGCGAGCAGCCAAGCAACCGGACCGUGUCCAUCGUCAUCCCGAUCCUGCUGCUGCUGCUGCUGGUACUGGUGGCAGGCGCUGUGGUGUGGUACAAGAAACGGAUUAAAGGGGCAAAAGGUUUCCAACACCAGCGCAUGACCAACGGUGCCAUGAACGUGGAGAUCGGCAACCCCACCUAUAAGAUGUAUGAAGGGGACCCCGACACAGACGAUGUGGGGGAGCUGCUAGAUGCCGACUUCGCCUUAGACCCUGACAAGCCCACAAACUUCACCAACCCCGUGUACGCCACACUCUACAUGGGCGCCCACAACAGCCGCAACUCACUAGCCAGCACAGACGAGAAGCGGGAGCUCCUGUCAAGAGGGGCAGAUGACGAUCUCGGCAACCCCUUGGCAUAGGGCACGGGGGCAUGGGCCACCCGCCCAGACAGAGACCAGACGGAAAGAGACAAGAUGGGGUUGGGGAGGGCAGGGGAUGGGGGAGCAAGAGAUACUGUAUAAAUGUACAAAUGAAGGAUUAUUACUUUUAUAUGUGAGCAGUAUUAUUACCUGUAUAUUCCCUUUCAUCUACCAGCCGCUGAAUCUCUGUCACUGGACUUUGGGGUGGACGGAGUUAAAGGCAACAUUGGGAGGUGGGGGAGAAACCAAGAUGACCCUAGUUUGGGUUGAAGGGCUCCAUGGUCUUAACCUGGCUGUGUCCUUUUCCUCGCUGCACAAAUCAACUCACUUUUGCUUCCUGUGUAGGCUGUUGUAGGUUGCCAGCCUUUUAAAAACUUGGAAUAAAUUUCACACCCUUCUUGGGUGCCGCUGAUGAACAAAUGGGAGAGCUGCUUGGGGAAGGCCCCCUCCUGCUGUAAAUGUGAGGAGAAGUCAAUGGAGGCGAUGAUGGAGGGGGGAUUGUGGGGAUUGGAUCCAAGUACACGAGAGAAAUUCAGUUUCUUCUCAAGCACAGGGGGGAAAAGAUGCUGGUUUGAUGAUGUGGACCACACUAUAAUAGUAGCUGGACAAGAUCUUAAUGCAGAUCUAGGAAAACUAAUGGCAUCCUGCUCCAUACACCAGUGAUUCUUAAAUGUCAAUGCAUUGGGGGGCCCUAGUUUGACUUGUUCUUUGCAGAACCCCAUCAUUUCUUCCAUUAUAGCCCCAACCUGGAAAGUUACACUCUGAGGAUGGAGAGAAAGAUCUUUACUGGGGAUGUUCAAUUGCUGCCCAACCACCCCCAAAGAAAUGUCACACAUCUUAUCAAAACCCUUCGGCUUCCUUCAGAAUUGCUCAGAUCUUUAGCUGAAAAGGGAUCUCCCCGCACCCACUGCCCCCAGUUCACUUCAGACUUUACACCGGGUAACCUUUGGAUGUGUUUGAAACCUCCAUGGGCAUUUUCAUUCAAGUUACUUACAUGCCUUUGAAAUCCCUCAGCUGCUUUGCCUAAGGAACCCUCCAAGUUGUCUUCAGGGUUUGUGGGAGCUCUAGCACAGAGGCCUGCCGAAAGAUGAUGUCUUAAGCAGCAGGCUCCCCAGAGGCUGGCAGUAGGCCCAGGCAGGGCAGUUGCUUCCCACGCCUCCCAUGCUCCCUCCUCCUCUUCAGUGUGCAGUCCAGGAGGAGUGCAGGAGUCACGGGGGACAUUUCAUGGGCCUCUGCCCUGCUGGCCGCUCAAGGGGUGCUUUCCUCUCUUCUGCUCCUCAUGGCGUCAUGGGCCAUGUGAAGGCCACAUGUGUGCCUGAUCUGUGGGGCACAGUUUAAGAACCACUGGUGUAGAUGUCCUGUCCACAUCCCGUUGAGUGCAAACCACCUUCUUCCAGCAGCCUUCAGCAUGUCUUGCCAAUAAGCACCUUUUCUUUCACUGCAUCUAGCCAGCCACAUCUUCUCUUUGCAACGCCUUAACUAUUUUUUCCACCAAUAAGAGUCUAAUCUACCCCACCACCCACCCACACACCCUUCCCUGACCCUGUCCCUUCACACUAACCAUAUUUCUGAAAGUAUUUUAUUUCUGGGAAUCUUUAUUCUUUUUCGGGGGGGUGUAAGGGGUGGGGACGUUAUUACGUUGACUGUAUCUCACUUUAUUUUAGCACCUGCAUCUCAGACUAAACAGAGUUUACAAGUUUUAAGUAACAGCAGUCAUCCCAUCUCUGCCCCCUUUUCUGAUCCUAUCCCUCCUCUCUCCAUGACUACAAUUUGUCAUGCUUUUUUGGAAAGAGGUUCAAUGUUGUUUCAACUUUCGUUUCUCUCCAACAUGCUUUUUUAAAAGAUGAAAACAGAUCAAAAACAAAUAAACAAGAUGAACUAG